UUUUGUUAAUUUUGUUACUUAAUUUAGAAAUCGUACAUAGUAUUCUGGUUAACAAGAUGUCCACCACCGAAAAUUCAACAGAAAGUGAUUGGAAGCAGUUUAUGACGUGGAAGCAAUUAACUCCAAAGAAGCCCUCAACCUCAGCCGCACAUAAUUCCCAAAAUAAUGAAAGCACUGUAAAACACAAGAAAUCUGCUGUUCCUAUGAUGCCUGCCGAUCUGUUACAGGGUCGUUCCAGUGAGCAAAGGAUUGGAUUCUCUGAUGAAGUCCCCACCAAGGUCCAAAAAUUUGUGGAUAAAAUCUCCAUCAAUCCAUUUAUUCCUCUUGGCGUUAUGGCCACUUCAGGAUUUCUUGUUUCAAUGCUUUUUGCAUCUUAUCGCAAGGAUAUGAGACGGUUACAAUUUUAUAUGAGAGGCCGUAUUGCAGCCCAAGGAUUCACUUUUGCUGCAUUUGGCGUUGGUGUUUGGUAUAUAAGUAAAUGUGAUAAAGAAGAUUGUGAAGAACAAAUUAAGGAAUAA